AAUAGAGGUAAAUCGGUCGGGAUCAAUAAUUCAACACAUUCCAAACAGGUUGGUUUGUCCCAGGAGUAAUCCGUCUUAAUAGUCGCUCGUGGAGAUGAUAAGUGGUGAAUAAUUUAGCGUGCACACACGCACACCCAAACACACGCGCGCCGGCACAGGCGCUUCCCCGCUGUAAUUAAAGCGUGUGAAACUUCGUUUGUUAUACAAAAUUAUUGCUGAAUAAUUCAGAUCCUCAGUAAUUACUAAACGGCGGAGGAAUUCGCCAGCAGAAAGGUGCCCCUUCGGAGGCUGAGUCUAGGAGGGAUUUGCAACACAGCCAAUUACCUCUGAACCGCGCGUAUGAUUUAAACCCACCGUGACUUGGGGAUUUUCAGACAUCUCCAAUCUGAUUUUUUUUUUAAAGCUUUCAUCUAUUUAUCUUAAACUAAUGAUUCCUAAUAUUGUCCUAGGCACUGUCUAAAUUAAAUACAGACAGAACUAUCCCGGCAUAAUUUACACCAGGGAGGAGGGGGGCGGUAAAUUACGCUGGUGUAAACUGUUCCUGCUCCCAACCCCGUUCAGGAGCGUGGCUGGCCCAAGCCUGGCAGACCUGCUAUGAUCUCACCAUCGCUGUUUCACCAGAAGGAGUGGCGAAGGUUUCCUCAGCUAUGCAUAAAACCUUCCAAGCGAUACAAGGCAAGGAGGAAAUCAAGAUGCCGGCAAAUUCUUUCUUUUUUUGUAGUAUAAUUUUUUUAUUAAAUUAUUCAACCGUUUUCACAAUCAUCUUCACCUCAGAUAGUGACAUUGUUUCAUAAAUUGACUUCCCACCCCCUCACACUCCUACUUAAACUUUUAUAUUUGUAUCUAUUACCGAAAGCUUCUCUAUUACACUUAUUCUAUCAUUUUCCUUCUGUUGCUCUUAUCUCGAAUCCUGCCCACAGUUUUAUUUGACUGUAGUAUUUUUUAAAAAAAAAUAUUCCACAAAAGGCCUUCAUUCGAAACGCUGGCAAAUUCAUACAAAAGUGUUUCCGUGACACCAGUUCACUCUAAGGUGGUCCAUUACGGUGAAUGGGUCAGUCACCGACUGCCCCCCACCUGCCUAUCUUCUUACUUUCAAUAAUCCCAGGGGGUGGUCCUGCCGGUCAACCUGCCUCCUCAGUGUUGGCCCUUGCAGAACUCAGAAGGGAGGAAGAGAAGGAUGGGGGACAAACCUAGACUUGGUUGCCUCUGCCUGUCACUGAUUCUGGCUCCACCUCUCUCACCGGCCUUCCUUUCAUCCGCCCUGCCAGUUCCAAAGGUCGCCAGCCCUGACUGCCCCAUAGGGCUCAUGUCAGGAUGUCCACAUCCUCAUUUCCCACCAUCACUUCCCCAUUAUUUACACCCUGGCAACUGUCUCCGGCUUUCAAAGUUCCCGGCAAGUCGCUGGCAUGAAAAGCCCUUUGCUUCCUCUCUCCUGCUGAGGAAAGGAGAAGAUGAGCACACAUUUCUUGUUUUUCUUUCCGCCUUCCUUAUCUUAUAAGAACAUUCGCUCGCCUCUCGCAGGCAGUCGGGUCAACAACAGCAUCACCCUCACAAGACACAGCCUGACUCUGCAUCACAACCAUGGGCAAUUGUGUGAAUAUGGUGAGUCCUGCGUCUCAGUGCUGCCCUUCUUCUUCUUCUUCUUCGUCUUCUUCUUCUUCUUCUUCUGUGAUCACUUGUAGCCGAGUAAGAUUGUCUUCCAUAACCACGGUUUUAAGAGUGAGUCCGUAAGUGACUGUGGAGGCCAAUUCUGGAUCCAUUUCUCUUAGCACAUUUCUCCCUUUCAUCCUGAGCAUCUUCAAAGUCAAUGACACCUUUCGUAAGGGCUGUUCUCCAACUGGAGCACUCGCAGGCCAGUGUUUCCCUGUUGUCGCUCUUAUGGAAGUCUAGACUCUAGAACCAUUCCCCUUUAAAUAGGGGGUCCACUAAUAAGACCAUUAAAUGGGACUGAGUCUGAUUUCAGUCACUUCAAAAAUGUGGCCCUCUGUUCUGCUGUGUCUGGGGUCCUAGACGUCCAACCUUAAGCCCUGCACUGACAGUACCAUUUCAGGGUCUUCCUACUAAUGCUGAGCUGAAAGGUUCUAAAGAAAAAAAGAAAAGUUUUAGGCUUGAAUUUGAGGUGGGUGAGAAGUCAUCAGCAAAAGAGAGGCUGAAACAGCCUUCCUAUUUGUGGCAGGGGGCAAUGUUAUUCUGGGACAGGGUGGAGAACUUUUCCCCCAGCUUGAGGGUCUUUCUGGGCAACCUUCCCGGUGGUGGCUGGAGAUGGAAGCGAAAGAGGGCAGGGAAACAUGGUAAUUUCCACCUUGAUAAAGUAGGUUAGGUUCAACAUGCACCUCCACAACCUUCUCUAUCCUGUGUAGAAGGAAAGCAAGAGGUGUCCUCAGAGUUAAGGACACGUUCAACUGACAGAUAAAGGAUCCAAUGAAAUCAGGCCCCAGUUAGCUGCCUCUGCCAAUCAGAACAGGCAGCACCAUGCUGGAGAGAGUGGGGCCAGGGAUGGGACUCAGGGUUGCUGUUGGCAUCAGUCUGUCUCAAGGGAUAAUAAUAAUAAUAAUAAUAAUAAUAAUAAUAAUUUAUUAUUUAUACCCCUCCCAUCUGACUGGGCUUCCCCAGCCACUCUGAGCAGCUUCCAACAAAAUAUUAAAAUACCGUAAUACAUCAAACAUUAAAAGCCUCACUAAACAGGGCUGCCUUCAGAUGUCUUCUAAAAGUCUGGUAUUUGUUCUUCUCUUUGACAUCUGGUGGGAGGGCAUUCCACGGGGAGGGUGCCACUACCGAGAAGGCCCUCUGCCUGGUUCCCUGUAAUUUGGCUUCUCGCAGCAAGGGAACUGCCAGAAGGCCCUCGGCACUGGACCUCAGUGUCCGGGCAGAACGAUGCGGGUGGAGACGCUCCCUCAGGUAUACUGGACCGAGGCCGUUUAGGGCUUUAAAGGUCAGCACCAACACUUUGAAUUGUGUUCGGAAACAUACAAUGGAGUUCGCCUCCGGGUGCAAAGUCAAUCCGCAGGAGAAUCACAGCACCUGCUGUGGCUGCAGAGACCGGUAACUCGUAACAGCUUCCUCCUGUGUUGUUUUUGCUGCGUUAGCAGCACUGAUGUAACCUCUCAGGGGUGCAAGUCUGGGCAGUGUGCAUGAACGUCCUGGGCUGCCCAAAUGACAAGACGACCCCCCUCUUUCCUUGCUGAUGUGGUCCAAAGAAAAGCAGAGCAAUAUGUUUGACACCAGCUUGGCUGCAGGAGUUGCUAGAAGGAGGGAUACUCCAUGUUUAUGUAGGGCUUGCUCCUUAGCCUAUUCUUCCCCAAAGAUGACCCACAAGGCAGCAGGUACAGAUUUUUAUUCACGGUUUACUCUCACGAAUGAAUGUAGCCACAAGGCAGCAGAGGUUUAGCUACGGAGUUUUCCUUCUCCUUGAUUGACAGGUUGACAAGCCCCAUCUGCCCCUCACUUCCCUCUCCACAGCAGAAGCCACCUUCAGCGCAAAGCAGACUCAGUAUAAAGCAGAUAUAUUUGUUCAAGAUUGUAGUAUAUUGGGUGAUUUAGUGCUUUUAAAUUGGGUUUUAAGAGGAUCUUUUACGUGCCAUGAGAGAGAAAGAUGGAAGGAGGAAAAACGUCUUGCUGAGCCCCCACCCCCCACCCCCUGCUCUGGAAAUAACAAUAUUUAUAUAAACUAACAAGAAAGCCAGAGAAAGAGGCUGAGCAAUCAAUCCAUAAACACUGAAAUAUCAAUAUAGAAAAUGACCCUGUUAUACGACAUCGUUCAAGGCAGCAAACUGCAUCGCUCUUGACGACACCCUCCUUAAUUUCUGCAGCUAAAUUUGCAAGUAAAGCCACUUUGGGUACAAUGGCUGGGCUGCUCCGGCAGGGUUCGGGUUUUUGUCUCAAGGAUCGCAGAACUGUAGCAAUGGGAGGGAGCCCGAGGGUCAUCUAGCCCAACCCCCUGGAAAGUCUUUGACACACUGCAUAAUCCGCUUGCGAAAUUUGUUGUUAUAAGGUAUGCUAUUCAUAGACUCAUAGAACCAUAGAAUCAUAAGAGUCGGAAGGGAAUCUGAGGGUCAUCUAGUCUAACCCCCUGUGAUGCAGGAAUAUCUAGCUGUCCCUUAUGGGAAUCGAACCUGUGACCUUGUUGUUAUCAGCACCAGGCUUAGUCUAACCAACGGAGCUGUAGCAGUCAUCAGCCUAUAAGGGAAAAGGAGGUUUGCUAGACAAAUUCUCAGAGAAUAAGUCUAUCAAUGUUUUCUAAGUACAAGAUAGGAACAUAGGGAGAUGCCUUACAUGGAGUCAGACUAUUGGUCCAGCGACCUCAGUACUAGGGACGUGGGUGGCGCUGUGAGUUAAACCACAGAGCCUAGGACUUGCCGAUCAGAAGGUCGGUGGUUCGAAUCCCCGCGACGGGGUGAGCUCCUGUUGCUCGGUCCCUGCUCCUGCCAACCUAGCAGUUCAAAAGCACGUCAAAGAGCAAGUAGAUAAAUAGGUACCACUCUGGCAGGAAGGUAAACGGCGUUUCCGUGCGCUGCUCUGGUUCGCCAGAAGCGGCUUAGUCAUGCUGGCCACAUGACCCGGAAGCUGUACGCCAGCUCCCUCGGCCAAUAAAGCGAGAUGAGCAACCCCAGAGUCGGCCACGACUGGACCUAAUGGUCAGGGGUCCCUUUACCUUUACCUUUACCUCAGUAUUGCCUGCACUGACCGGCAGCAGCUGUCCAGGGUUUCAGACAGAGAGCGUCAGCCCUACCUAGAGAUGCCACUGGGGACUGAACAGAGAUCUUCUGCAUGCACAGCAGCUGCUCUGCCACUGAGCGAUGGCCUUCCUCUCUCUUCCUCCAUCUUCAGAGGAAGUUUACCUCCAAUUACCGGCAGGGGAGGCCUGUUGCUCGUGGGCUUCCCUGGGGGGCGGGGCACCUGACUGGUCGCUGUGCAAAACAGCACACAGGAAUAUUGUUGAUCUUUGGUCUAGAACAAGCCAGGCUCGCUUGCUGGUCUAAUUGCUCCAGGGCUGCUUCUGAGUCUUUAUUACAACGUGGCUCCUUUCUUUAUGCUGUCCUCUGUAUUUUACUGAUUUUAUUGAGUUUGCAAUUUAGCCAUUGUACUGUCUUUUAACGAUCCCACCCUUUGAAAUCCUUUGGAAGCCAGCUUGAGAUCUUUUCAAAAAUGAAAAGAUGGGAGUUUGCAAUGUUUCGAAUGAAUAAAAUCAGAGGGAAGGAAGGAAGGAAGGAGUUGGAAUUGGGGGUGCAAAGGAAGAAAGAGGAAGAGCGCUUCCAGGCGACCUGUUUAUUGAGCAUUCAUCCUGAUUUAUUUGCCCGGGAGAUUAGAUGACGUCGGAGCAUUUGCCUGUGGGGAAGUUAUGCAACGUCGUAUCAUCACACAAUCACUAUGCCACACCUUCCCAGUGAAUUUCCUUAUUGCAAGGAGUCUGGUCUUUGGGGAAAGUGGAUUUGUUCAGAGCCAAAUCCACUUUAACUUUGGCAACCUGAAUCUGCCAGUAUGUGACAGAAGCCUCACCUCUAUUACAGUGGUACCUUGGGUUACAGACGCUUCAGGUUACAUACGCUUCAGGUUACAGACUCCGCUAACCCAGAAAUACUACCUCAGGUUAAGAACUUUGCUUCAGGAUGAGAACAGAAAUCGUGUGGCAGAGGCAGCGGGAGGCUCUAUUAGCUAAAGUGGGAGCUCAGGUUAAGAACAGACCUCCAAAACGAAUUAAGUUCUUAACCCAAGGUACCACUGUAUACAGUGUAAGCACGGUUAUACUAUUUAAAGAAGAAAGAAUCAUGGGAACUGUAGUUCGUAAAGGGUGCUGAGGGUCCUGAAGAGAUCCCACCCACAUUCCCCUCACAGGACUACAGCAUGCAGAGUUCCCUGGGGAGAGGGAGCAAUUGUUGCACCACUCCUCGAAUUUUCACUCUGUGGGGGGAUCCAAGGGGCUCCUAACAAGUCUCAGCACCCAUAAGAAAAUGUGCUGCUUUCAGCUGAGCAGUUGAUCCGUCAAUCACUCCCUAGUUUUACAUAUGCACUCAUGGGGUCUGAACUGGCAGUGAUUGACCAGGAACAAGACCUUUGGGGUCAUACUGGACAGCUCACAAUCAUAGAAUUCACAAGGGUCAUCUAGUUCAACUUCCUGCAAUGCAAGAACCACAGCUAAAUAAAAAUUAUUAUUAUUAUUAUUAAAUAAUUUAUUAUUUAUAACCCGCCCAUCUGGCUGGGUUUCCCCAGCCACUCUGGGCAACUCCCAACAGAAUAUUAAAACAUGAUAAGACAUCAAACAUUUAAAACUUCCCUAAACAGGGCUGCCUUCAGAUGUCUUCUAAAAGUCAAAUAGUUGUUUAUUUCCUUGACAUCCGGUGGAAGGGCGUUCCACAGGGCGGGUGCCACUACCGAGAAGGCCCUCUACCUGGCUCCCUGUAACCUCACUUCUCGCAGUGAGGGAACCGCCAGAAGGCCCUCGGCGCUGGGCCCUUGCAGAUGGCCAACCAACCUCUUCUUUAAAAACCCCAACCAUUGAGGGAUUCCAUUUCACUGUUGAACAGCUCUUACCCUCAGAAAGUUCUUCCCAAUGUUUAGUCAGAAUCUACUUUCUUGGAAUUUGAAUCUGUUGAUUCAGAUCCUACCCUCUGGAGCAGCAGAAAACAAGCUUGCACCCAUCUUCCAUGUGACAGCCUUUCAGCUAUUUGAAGGUGGCUAUUGUACCACCUCUCAGUCUUCUCUUCUCCAGGCUAAAUAUACCUGACUCCCUCAACCAUUCCUCAUAAGGCUUGGCUUCCAGACCCUUCCACCCUCCUCUGCACACGCUCUAGCUUGUCAAUAUUUUCUUAAACUGCGGUGUCCAGAACUGGACGCAGUACUUGAUGAAGGUGUUGGCUGUGCAGCAGCUGUGGGGAAAAAAGGUGAAUUCCAUGCAAGGGAUCAUUAGGAAAGAAAUUGAAAAUUAAGCUGCCAAUAUCACAAUGCCUUUGUACAAAUCUAUGGUGAUGCCACACAUGGAAUACUCUGUACAGGUCGAAAAGUAUGCUGUGGAGAUGGGGGCAAGGUUCAGAAAAGAGCAAGAUAAAUAAUCAAGGGGUUGGAUGAAGGCAAGUUACAACAUAUUGGGCUUUUUAGCAUAGAAGAAAAGCCAAGCUGGAGGGGAGAACACAAGAGGUGUGGGAAGAGAGCACAGACAAGAUGUUUUCUUCCUUUUCCGCAACACAAGAAUUCAGGAAUAUCCUCGGAAGCUGGAAGCUUCCUAGAAUUGUAGACAUUACAUAGAAUCAUAGACAUUCGACCAUCUAGUCCAACCCCCUGCAAUGCCGGAAUGUGCAGCUAUCCCAUAAGGGGCUCAAACCUGCAACCUUGGUGUUAUCAGCACCAUGUUCUAACCGACUGAGCUAUCCAAGACAGACCAAAGAAAAUACUACUUCACACAGUGACUAGUUCAAGUAUGAAAUCUGCUCCCAUAAGAGGCAGCAAUAGCCAUGAACUUGGGUGGCUGAGCGUUAGAUAAAACCCAUGGAGUAUUCAGCUAUCAACUCGUCAUGAUGGCCAUGCGCUCUGUCCUCUGUCGAAGGCAAUAUGUCUCUGAAUGCCACUUUCUGACAAUCAGCAGUGGGGAGAGCUGAUGUUGCACUCAGGGCUUCUCAUCUGCAUCUGGUGGGGGAAGAAAAUCUUGCAUUUGUAUGUUGAGAGAGAGAGAGAGAGAAAGGAGAAAGGAAUGGAGGAGGGAGGGAGGGAAAGGAAGGAAGGAAGGAAGGAAGGAAGGAAGGAAGGAAGGAGAGGGAGGGAGGGAGGGAGGGAGGAAGGAAGGGAGGGAGGGAGGGAGGGAGGGAAAGGCAGGAAGGAAGGACAGAGGGAAGGAGGGAGGGAAAGGAAGGAAGGAAGGAAGGAAGGAGGGAAGGAGGGAAAGAGAGAGAGAGAGAGAGAGAGAGAGAGAGACUUAGGCUAGCUUUAACCAAAGUCUGGUUGAGGAAGAGUUGGAUGAGACCAGCUAGGCAUCUCAUUCCAAUUCAACCCUGCAAUCUUAUCUGAAUCUCAGGAGACCUAGUGAAAAAUUGUUCCAUCUUCGUUCACACUAGGAAGGAGAUCCCAAGGGUGCAGGAAGGAAGAUUAUUAUAUUUAUAAAAUAGCCACUCUUCACACGCUGAGGCGAUUGGGGGGGAAUAUAAAUGAAACCAUUUUCAUUCAGCAACCAGUAUGCAGACCUAAAUCAGCGCUUAAUUUCUACAAAUUAGAAAUAACAGGCCUUCAGUUUGCCUGGAAACCUCCAGUCUCUGAUCACCAGAGUCUCUUUAGAGAGGAAAACUGUGUAUUAGCAAUGAGAAAAAAAUGCAUUCUGCUUUGUUCAGCUCUGACUUAAUAGGGUUGAGCACUUUCUAAAGCAUACUAUUUAAAAAAAGAAAGAAGCACAAAGGCUAAGGCUGCAAGCCUGUAGCCACUAAUCUCAAAAGACAUGUGUAAUUUGCACUGUAAGAGAAUGAUCUAGCGCAAGGGUUUCCAAACUUGCCCCCUCCCCGCAACCACUUGAAAAUUACCGAGGGUCUUAGCGGACCACUUAAUGUUUUAUCUGCCCAUUGUAGCAAUUGUAAUGGACUGUGCUGGGUGAUUUAUAAUAGUAUUUUAUUGCUCCUUUUAGGCUAUAGUCAACUAAUGUUUACUCAGAGUAGACCCACUGAAAUUAAUAACUAUGGCUAAUGUAGAUCUAUUAAUUUCCAAUGGGUCUACUCCAAGUAAAGGUUUAGUUAACUAUAACUAUUUUUUGUUUUGCAUUUCAGUGUGGAUUCAAACUGUAACACAAUAAAUACAAGAAAUGGAAGAAGCAAUGAAAAUGUAAUUAAAAAUCAAUAUAAAUAUUAACCUGAUAGGUGUGCUAUCUCCCAUCUACUACCGCAAAUUCACAGACUGAGGCUGGAUCUAUACAGAUUUGUUAAAAAAAACUGCUAUGAAAAAACCACUAUGGAAAAAUAUAGCUCCCAGUGCAAUUUACCAUUGACUUUGGAUCGCUGCUCUACAGCGCCAUCUGGUUUCACAUUUUUAUAACACAUUUAUAAUGUUAUAAUUGACCUGUGUAGUGGAGUCCACUGUGUGAAUGAAUCUCUUGUUGGUUUAUUUGGGAAUCCCUAAUCUAGGAGUGUUUUAGUUUGAAUCUUGUCUCUGCCAAGCACCCAAUAGGUAGCCUUGGUCAAACCUCAGUUCUCCCCUUCACCACAUCUGUCAUUUGAGGAAAAUAACAGCAGCCUACCAUGUGCUCCAUGUCGAUUUCAUGUCUUAUAAAUUAAGUCAAACCUGUUCCAUUUCUGCAUUUGUUAGAUUUUUUAUAAAAAAUGCAUGAAAAUGAGAUUUAAAAAUAUGUAUUUACUAGGGGUGUGCAAGGGCCUAAGAUUUGCCUUGAAUCUGUGCUUUUAAAUAAUAAUAAAACCCAAUCUAUUUCUGAAGCACUCUGUUUUCUCCUUGAUCUGUGAUUUAAGUUCCAAAUCACUCUCUAUAUAAUAUAGAAUAUAAUAAUAUAAUAUAAGUUCUAUGUUCCUCACUCGUUCUUAUGGCAGAUCUAAAACUAUCUAUGCUUUCCUUCUUUUGGUAUAAGCAGAUGAAAUUUGCAGGUACAGGAGCUCCACUCCUCAGUGGAUUACACCUGCCAAAUAGCAGGCAAAUAGGUUCAGGAGCCUUGAAAUAGAUGAGGUUAAAAAGGGAUUACCGUAUUUUUCUGUGUAUAACAUGCCCCCAUGUAUAAGAUGGCCCCUAUUUGGGGGGACUCCAAAUUAAGAAAAUGGAGGGAGAUUGCCCAGAGUUGUUGAGCUCUUUUUUUUUUAUUAUUGAGAUUUUCACAAAAAAACAGAAAUCAUAUAACAGAAGAAAAAAAGGCAUAUAAGAAUAGACAAUGAACACUCUUAUCUAUCAGUGUUUAGUGUCAUUCACUUAUUUACACUGUGUGACCUCCCUCCCCUCCUGCUGCGGUUUUCUUACAUUUUUUCUUCUCCUGCAGUUUCUAUGUCAAAAAUUUACGCAUAACAAGGAUUAUGUUAAGCCUGCUGUAGUUUUUAUUUUUUUUUCUUUUCUUUUCUUUUUUUUUUUAUAAUAUUUAUUGUUUUUACAAAAACAAAUUCCAAAAAAUGUGGAAAAAUACAAAAAUUCGACAAACAGAAAACAACAAUACCCAUAACAAAAAACAAACAUAGAUAACAAUAUCCAUAACACAAAAAGAAAAAGGAAAAAAAGAAAAAAAGACAGAAAAAUUUAAAAAGUAAUAUACCUUCAUUUAACCUUUUUAUCAUUACCUAAUUCUUUGACUUCCCCGCAUCUCCCCGCUUGUAUUUCCAUUUAAAAACUCCUUUCAGCAAAUCCUUACCCUCCUUUCUUUAUCUUAACUCAAAGUUAAUCUAUUUAUAUAUAAAUAUUACAGCUUUAUCCAUCAAAUAUUCCAUACUCUUAAUCACAAGACUUUUGCCAAUACCAGUUAUUUUCAGUCAGACCUCAAUUUAACAUUCAUUAAUUUUAUAGUAUUUCUGUAGAUAGUCUUUAAAUUUCUUCCAAUCUUCUUCCACCGACUCUUCUCCCUGGUCACGGAUUCUGCCAGUCAUCUCAGCCAGUUCCAUAUAUUCGAUUACCUUCGUCUGCCAUUCUUCCAGAGUGGGUAAAUCUUGUGUCUUCCAAUACUUUGCGAUGAGUAUUCUUGCUGCUGUUGUUGCGUACAUAAAGAAAGUUCUGUCCUUUUUAACACCAAUUGGCCGACUAUGCCCAGGAGAAAGGCCUCUGGUUUCUUAGGAAAGGUAUAUUUGAAUACCUUUUUAUUUCAUUAUAUAUCAUUUCCCAGAAAGCCUUAAUCUUUGGGCACGUCCACCAAAGGUGAAAGAAUGUACCUUCAGUUUCUUUACAUUUCCAACAUUUAUUAUCGGGCAAGUGAUAGAUUUUUGCAAGCUUGACUGGGGUCAUGUACCACCUGUACACCAUUUUCAUUAUAUUCUCUUUUAAAGCAUUACAUGCUGUAAACUUCGUAUCUGUGGUCCAUAACCGUUCCCAGUCCGCAAACAUAAUAUUAUGUCCAACAUCCUGUGCCCAUUUAAUCAUAGCAGAUUUUACCGUUUCAUCCUGAGUAUUCCAUUUUAGCAGCAAGUUAUACAUUCUUGAAAGUGUUUUAGUUUUGGGAUCUAGCAGUUCUGUUUCCAACUUUGAUUUUUCCACCUGGAAGCCAAUUUUUCUAUCCAAAUUAUAGUGUAGUUUUUAAUUUACCACAAUUACUCUCAAUAUAGGUCACAAAUUUACUCCACUCUUCAUUAAACUUUGUUUCUUUUUGGUGUCUGAUUUUGUUUGUCAUUCUUGCCAAUUCUGCGUAUUCGAAUAAUUUUGUUUGCCAAUCCGUAAUCGUGGGAAUUUCCACUGAUUUCCAUUUUUGAGCUAUUAAUAUCCUAGCUGCCGUUGUCGCAUACUGAAAUAAGUUUUGGUCUUUCCUUUUGAUUUCAUCCCCAAUUAUUCCUAAGAGGAGUGCCUCUGGUUUUUUUGAAAAGGUGUACCUAAAAUUUUUUUUUAAUUCAUUAUAAAUGAGCUCCCAAAAUUUUUUGAUUUUGUCACACGCCCACCACAUGUGGUAAAAAUCCCCCUCCUUCUGCUUGCAUCUCCAACACAUUUUGUUUCCGCUUUUAUACAUUUUAUCCAAUUUUACUGGUGUGAUAUACCAACGAUACAUCAUUUUCUCUAGGUUUUCCCUUAAUGUGACACACCCUGUGAAUUUCAUUCCUCUGUUCCAUAACCUCUCCCAUUUUUCAUACUCUAUAUUAUGUCCUAAGUCCAUGGCCCAUUUUGUCAUUACCUCCUUUACUUCUUCGUCUUUUGUGUCCCAUUCUAACAACAAAUUAUACAUCUUAGCUAACAGUUUGGUUUUCCCUUCUAAUACCUCUGUCUGGUAUCUUGAUUUUUUCUCGUUCAUCCCCAAUUUUUUAUCCUCAUUCCAAAGUGCAUUUAUCUGAUGGUAUUGCAACCAGCCUGUUAGUCUGUCUUUCAGUUCAUCAUAUGGUUUAAUCUUCCAAACUUUUUCUGUUUUAACCAGUAUGUCUUCAUAUGUUAGCCUUUUUGCUUCCAUAUUUACCUUUUUAAUUGUUAGAAUGUCUGUCGGGGAUAGCCACCAAGGAGUGUUCUUUUCUAAAAGUUUCUUAUUUUUUUCCCAAAUUUCAAGCAAUGUUCCUCUGAAAAUAUGAUUGGAGAAUCCUUUAUGGACCUUUCCUUUAUUGAGCCACAAGUAAGCAUGCCAACCAUAUCUAUUGUUAAAGCCUUCUAAGUCUAACAGAUCUAAAUUCUCUAGGGUAAUCCAUUCUUUAAGCCAACAUAGGCUGGAGGCCUCAUAGUAUAAUCUUAGGUUUGGCACAGCAAAGCCCCCUCUUUCCCUCCUGUCUGUUAAUAUUUGAAAUUUAAUUCUUGGCCUUUUUGCCUGCCAUAUAAAUUUUGAAAGACUUUUUUGCCAUUCCUUAAAAAUCGCGGAUCCCCUAAUCACCGGAAUGGUUUGAAAUAAGAACAGCAUUUUUGGGAGGAUAUUCAUUUUGAUUGCCGCCAUCCUUCCAGACCAUGAAAGUUUUAAUCUAUUCCAUAUUUCCAGAUCUUUUUUAAUCUCUUUCCACAUAGGUGUAUAAUUAUCACUAAUUAGAUUGAUAUUUUUUGAAGUUAACCAUAUACCUAAGUAUUUGACUUUUUUUGAGACCUUAAUUCCACAUUCCUGUUCUAUGUUCUCUUUUGUAUUCCUAUCUAUAGUUUUCACCAACAUUUUAGUCUUUGUUUUAUUUAGUUUGAAACCUGAUACCUUACCGAAUUCAUCUAAUUGUUCCAACACUUUACCGAUGCUUAUUUGUGGUUCUUCUAAUGAUAACACUAGGUCAUCUGCAUAAGCUUUCAACUUAUAUUCCUUUGUUCCGACUCUAAUGCCCCGUAUCUCUGGCGUGUAUCUCACCUUAUUCGCUAUGACCUCUAGAACCAUUAUGAAUAGUAAAGGGGAGAGAGGGCAACCUUGUCUUGUUCCUUUCAUAAUGCUAAAUGUGUCUGUCAGAUUGUUGUUAACAAUUAAUUUAGCUGUUUGGUUAGAGUAGAUCACCUUUAUACCUUCUAUGAAGUUGCCCUCUAUCCCCAUUUCCUCCAUAGACUUUAACAAAAACUGCCAUGAAACGUUAUCGAACGCUUUUUCAGUGUCUAUAAACAGUAAGGCCACUGGUACUUCAUUUUUAACUUCUAGGUAUUCUAUGAUAUUUAUAAUAUGUCUGACAUUGUCCUUUAACUGUCUAUUUGGGAGGAAUCCGGCUUGGUCUUUAUGUAUGACAUCUUUUAAGCAAUUUUUGAGUCUGUCUGCCAUUAUUCCCGCAAAAAAUUUAUAAUCAUUGUUCAGCAAUGAGAUAGGUCUGUAAUUUUUUUAUAUUUAAGCUGUCCGUAUCAGGCUUGGGAAUCAAGGUUAUAUGUGCAUCUUUCCACGUGUCCGGUAAGUUCCCUCCUUGCAAAAUUCUAUUCAUCACAUCGCAUAGCACCGGGAUUAGUUUAUCCCCCAGUGUUUUGUAAUAUUUGGCCGAUAACCCAUCUGGGCCUGGGGCUUUGCCCAGCUUCAUCUUAUUUAUCACCUCUUUUACUUCUUCUUUCGUAAUUGGUUUGUUCAGCUGUAUUUUUUCAUCUUCACCUAUGUGUUUCCCUUUAUAAUCUUCAAAAUACUUUCUUAUUUUGUCUGGAUCUUCAUUUUCUCUUUUAUAUAGGUUUUCAUAGUAUUUAAGAAAUGUUCUCAUAAUUUCCUCCGGAUUUUCUAUUUGCCGUCCUUCAACUUUGAUCUUAUUUAUUACACUUUGUUUUUAUCUUUUCCGCAACUGCCAUGCCAGGAGUUUCCCUGUUUUGUUCGCUGAUUCGAAAUAUCUCUGCUUCAUAGAUUUUAUUCUCCAUUCUACCUCUUGGUUAACCAAUAUUGAAUAUUGGGUUUGUAGCAUCUUAAUGGCUUGUUUGUUUUGUUCAUCUUUAGGUUUUUUCAUUAGAUUUCCCUCACAUAUUCUUAUAUGGUUUAAGAUGUCUUCUUUCUUUUUCUCUCUUAACUUUCUUCUAAGGCUGCUUUGCUGUAUUAAAUGACCCUGCAUGACAGCUUUGCUUGCGUCCCAAACUAUAUCAAUGUUGGUAUCUUUAUUUAAAUUCCAUUUAAGGUAAUCUUCCAAAGUGGCCUUUGCUUUUUCAAUUACCUCGGGGAUCUCAAAGAGAUAGUCAUUCAUCCUCCAUCUGUAAACGCUCUGUGUUUUAUUUCUAAACUAAUGGAGUUAUGGUCCGACAGAGUUCUUGGCUGUAUAUCACAUUUUACGAUUCUUGGUAUUAUACAUCUUGAGACCCAGAUCUAAUCUAUCCUUGCCCAACAGAGUUGUUGAGCUCUUUUGAGCAGAUUGCCAAAAAUAGCUCACCCGCCAGACCAACGCUGCCAACCACACGCAUCACCGAAGCCGCCAAUCGCCCGCCCAAUUGGCGCAGCGGCAGCCAAUUGACAGCAGCCCUUGUCGCAGUCACCAAUCACCUGCCCAAUCGCCACUGACAAUCUCCUGCUCACGGCUGCAACCAAUCGCCUGUCCCCCCUCUGCCCUAUCCAUGUAUAAGACGACCCCCAAUUUUUAACAUUAUUUUAUAAUAAUUAAAAAUUGUGUUAUACAUGGGAAACUAUGGUAACUCUUCCCAAUAAUCCACGUUAGGGCAGUGACUUUCUUAGGUCAACUAAAACUCCAAAAUCCAUUGCCCAGCUCAGCUUUCAAGGUGAAGCUGUCUUGAAUGCUGCCUGCAGGAUGCUGAAGAGCUCUACAAUGAUGAUGGUGAUGGUUUCAAGUAGAGCAGCAGAUCAUUUUUUAAAAAGUUAAAUGAAGUGUUCAACUUAAAACAACUACUAUCCACUGCUCUGCUUUAGUAAAAUAAAUAAACAAAUCCAGAACUCUUCAGUGCUCCACAGGCAUCAUUCAAGACAGCCUCAUUUCAUGAAAGCCCCAUGGACUUAGUGGAGAGAAACUCAGAGAUAUAGGGAAGCAUAGAGAGACAGGGGACAGAAAAGUGAAGAGCAAUACAAGGCUUUGUGGGGGCCAAAUCUGACCCAGAUGCUCUAUUGAUAUUGUGGGUUGACUUGGGAAGGGUAAAAUUACCCCUCAAUUUGCCUUGUUCUCCAGCCCCAGUACUGCAUUCUGCUAUGUUUGGGUGAACAAAGAACUGCAUCACAAAAUCCAGACAAGUAUGAAAUCCAAAAAGUAAUUUCAUUCUGAUCCACACAUUUGUCCAAGAGAUGCAAAUCAGGCCAGGCCACGUCAGAAUUCACAAAAUUUGGAAUUCCUAAAUUCAAAUGCCCAUUACUGUAUUGUAUUGUACUGUAUUGUAUUGUAUUUGCGAUGUGCAAAUAUUACUGACCUACUGUCGUCUUCUGCUUCCCUUGUUGUUUUUAAGCAACGUUCUAAAAAUAAAAAUGGAUACGUGGAUCAGUUUUUAAAACAGAAGUUUCAUACGCAGUGCUUUGCAAGCAAGAAACACAUGUUUAUAUUCCAGUUGUUAUGAAAUGCAAAAAAAGGUGUGCUUUCAUCCAGGGAUGAUAACAGAACUGCCAGACCCUGAACUUGGGAACACGGAGAGAAAUACCUUUCCAUUAUCCAAAGAUAACUACAUUUCACUUCACACAUCAACAGAACUAUUCCUCUCCUCUUGGACACGCUUUUAAAUAGCUGAUCGCUGUCUCCAUCCGCUCUGCCAAAACUUCCCUCCCCUAAUUGCAUAGAGCCCCCGAGCACUACCAGACCCUGAAAUACGUCCCCUGACUCUUUUCCUCGCGCUUGAACUGGUGGAACAUCUUCCUACCUCUUAUUCUCUGCAAUCCCGCCCCGGCAAUAGCUCAAGGUACUCCAAAUAAUUGUCCUGCCCUGUGUUGCUAAAUCUCUUAAAGCAACUAAACUGGUUGCUGGUUGUUUUCUGGGCCCAGUUCAAGGUGCUUUCUUAGACAUUUUAAGCCCAAGAAGGAAAUGUUAUUCCACACUGAGUUGAGCUGCCUGUGCUCUAAAGCCAGAAGAUGGUUGGUCCUGAUGGUCCUUCCUCAGUUUGAGGAGUGUGGCACAGAGGCCCAGGAAAGGGCCUUCUCAGUGGUGGCUCCUCAUACUUGGAGAGCCCUCUCUGGCUUCAUCUCUUUAUACUUUCAGGUGGCCUGUUAGGACAAACCUUUUCCAGCAGGGUGUUUUGAGGAAAAGAGACCCAGCCGCUGCCUCUAGUAGCAGUAAUAACCACCGUUGUUUGCUGACUUGUUGCUAUGUAUGUUUUAAAGCAGGCACCCCAACCUUCAGCCCUCCAUAUGUUUUGGACUACAAUUCCCAUCAUCCCUUACCACUUGUCCUGUUAGCUAGGGAUCAUGGGAGUUGUAGGCCAAAAACCUAGAGGGCCGCAGAUUGGAGAUGCCUGUUUUAAAGGAUUCUGCUGCUUUUAUUUUAUUUAUUUUUCCCCUCUAUUUGCCUGUUGUAAACUGCCCUUGGGUUGCGCAAAGGGUGUUAGUAUGGUCAAAAGAACGAGUCUAAAUGCUUAAAAGAAGAUAAAGGUGGCAACAGCCUCUGAAACGAUGAACCCAGUUCCUGCAUUAAUGCAACUGGCAUGUGCUGGAUGUCUUUCUCCCUCCCCCCCAAUGGAAAGUGUUUUCAUAAGAACGCAAGUCCAGACAGGGCAAAAUUGGCAGCCUUCCUAGGACAAUCUCUGAGUUUGUUUGCACUGUGGAGUCACAGGGGAGACUGGUCCUGCCAGGCCAUUGUUCUCAACUGUUAAUUACCGUCAAAACAGAAAUAAUUUGUUUUGUUCCUGGAGAGUCUGGUGUGGAUUCUGUGAUUAGAGGAGGCCUUUCCUCCUGAAGCUGUGUGUCUUGUCGCUGUCCAAACGCAUAACAUAAGGAAUUCACUUUCCAGAAGAUGGGGGUGGCAAUUUUAGCUUAGCCGCGGGGUGUUUUUUUUUAAGAACUGGAAAAUACCAGAUCUAGACCAACCCAGGGAAUACCCAACCCAAUCCUGUCAGCUUCCUCCCCUUCCUUGGGCUCAGUCUUGCCUUUGUACAAAUGAGCAGGGAGAAGAAUGGGGACCAAACAGAAAUGAGUUGGUUCUGCUGAGGGCUGGGCAGCCCAUGAGGUGGACUGAAGCAGCCAUCUUGGGUGGUGGAAUCCCAUGCUACAGCUUCAGGUGAGAUCUCACCGCCAGCCGCUGAGCAAGGCCUCGGCGAAGGGCGCAGUCUCUCUCCACCUCACCUCAGGCAGCGAAAUGGGACAGGCCAUCCCUAGAUUUGCCUGCCAUUUACCCUGGUUCCACCUCCUGUUGGGCUUCCUGCUUUCUGUUCUAUCAGUCCUAAAGGGAACCAGCCACCAACUGGUGUUUUCUCUUUCUUGGUGAUUUACGUAGGUGGACCUAAGUUACACUGGGACCCUUUAGGAAAGCUCCUUGGUGUAGUGAAAUGGGUCCAUUUGAGGCCCAGGGAGGGCAUGGCUGUACUGAGAUUGUGCAGAGGCUUUUAGAGUCUGAUGCAAAGUCACAGGCCUGACAGAAGCUUUCAGGCUAUCUAUCAGACCUGUUGCACUGACAUCAUUGCCAAAACUCAAGUUUCCAUUUUCAUAGAAUGGUAGAGUUGGAAGGAAUCCUGAGGGUCAUCUCAACUAAAGCAUCCAUUUUGUCAAAGGUUAGCCAGCUGACAGACUGCUUUGCCCACACUUUAUAUUUCCUGCUACUCGCUAGAGAUGAAAAUGGAUUCAGUUUGCCUCCAAAAGGCAGGCUUCUCCUAAUCUGGAGUUUCCAAAACAAUCUGAGAACUGAAACACAGCCAUCCCUUGAAAUUUGUGCUUGCCUGAAUUUUGCAAUGUAGUUCGCAGGCCAAAAAAAGGGGGGAAAGAAACUGCAUAGUGCUCAAUAGGCAGCCUAUUGGUGAAAAUAAUGCAUUGCGUUAAGGAGAAUUGCUUUGCAAACAUGUAUGUUAGCCAAGAUUGCAUACAGAAAUGUGCACAUCCAGAGAAGUUUGCACUAAGAUGCUGAUGAUUUCCACGGGGACCUAAAACAAAACCUGCAAACUGGUGUGGAAAUGUGGCUCACCCAUCUUUGUUCCUCCUGGUCCUCUGAUCCAGGGUUCACCCCCCUCCACCUUCUGCAAGUUGAGCCAGUCUCCAAAACUUUGCUCCCCUCUUUCCCCAGGCCACCUAGUAUGCAACAAACAGAACUCCCAGGCAAUUUGCUUGUUUAAGAAAAGGCUAAGGUGGGAAAUAAAUUUCCAUUAAUUCAGAGCCACAGUCUGACAGGAGAGGCAUAAAGUUAUCAAAGCAAAUAUGAAGGAGGGAGGCUCAUUUACAUGCUAGCUGAGUGUGUCCUUCAGUGAUGACUUUUUGGACCAAAUAGAUCUACUGCUCCUUGAGAUCUUCAAGCCACGUGUGUGUGUGUGUGUGUGUGUGUGUGUGUGUGUGCACGCGCUCACGCGUGCGUUCGCAUGCGCACACAAACACACAUUUUCCUACACCUUUCCCCACAAAAUGCUUCCCUACAUCCAAGAAUGCCUGAUCAGUCUUUCAAAGGCUUAGUUUGUGUAAAGGAUGCAAACAGCUAACUCAUUUUUUAAAAAUUAUUAUUAUUAUUAUUACCGCCCUAUACUCGAAGGUCCCAGACCUUUAUUUGACACCAGAAGAAGGAGCACUCCUGCCUGCCAAUGUCCUCCCCCUCCUUAGUCUCAGUAUUGCCUUUUGCAUAUCCUGCAAGUGUACUGAGGGGAAAAGGGGACAUCCCAUUUUCUAUCACCAGAGAACGGCAGCCAUUUUGGUUGUUGUGAUCUCAUGCGAUUUUACUGCGCUAACCCCACCCCACCCCGCAAAAAAGCGUCUUUUUCAGGGCUGCAAUUUUGUGUGGCGCCCCAAAGCACGUGUUUUUGGGUUCCAUGCCUGAAAAGGUGCUUUGGGUAGGGGGCACGGCAGAAAAUCACACCAGGUCACAGCAACCAAAAUGGCUGCCAUGCUCUCAUGAUGAUGGAGUCCCAGAUUUAGGCUCCAAAGUAUUGGAGGGUAGCCUUUGCAGAACUCAGCAGGGAGGAGGAAGACGGGGAGAAUAACUAGAAUUAUUUGCCACUCCUGCCAUUGGUUCUGGCUCCACAUAUCAGUGGCUCUGGCUCAUAGCUGUCAAUCUUCCCUUUUUUGCGUGAAAUUCCCUUAUGCCAGUGCCAUUUCCUGCUGCUUCCCACUACUAUUCCGGACUGUUAGAUAUCCCAUAGACUGUCCCUGGGACAGGUGAGGCCGCUGAUCCCUUAUUUUCAAGGCUGCUGAUCCCUUAUUUUCAAAUCUGAAAGUUGACAGCUAUGCUCUGGCUCCACUUCCUGUUGGGCUCCCUGCCUUCUGCCCCACUGGUCCCAAUGGGGCACCAUACAUCACUGCACAAGCCUACAAUUAGCCAGGGCCCGACAGAUAUAACAGGUGGUCUCAGCUGCAAAGCCCAUCCUUCUCGGAAUGGAAACAAAGAGAAGUUAAGUCAAAAGCUACGAGCAGAGAAAAUUGUGGCCCUGCCUUUCAAGCCCAGGUAGCAGGCAUCCCUUCCCAAAUGCAAUUACUUUGGGUGAAUAAGACAAGCAAAAAUGGAUGCCAAGCUUCCCAUCAACAGCCAAUAAAUCCAGCUCAGGGUGGUUUAUGACUCUCCCUCCCUGAUCCUCCAGACAGAAAUUGACCUCGAAUGUUUAUGUUAUAUUAAGUCUGGAGAAACAGGGAAACGUUCAAAGUACGGGUCUGCAGGAGGAAACAAACUUCAUUUGGCGGAGCUCAAGAGGGCAUCCCUGAGUUGUUCCCCAAGUCCAGCAGGGACCAGGUCCAGAACUGCUUUGCUUCAGCAAGGCAGCUCCCAAGGCCAUCCUUUCCAAAAGCCAAAGGAAGCCACUUGACUCAGGCAGCAGAUCAGGCAGUGGAGGCUGGUUCAAAUGGGACCAACCAUGGUUUUCCCUUGGUCAGCCACCACCUGCCUGCUUCCUUUUUUCCCCAACCAGGCUCUUCUGGCCAGCUUCCUCCUCCUUAGACUCAAUGAUGCCUUUCUAGAACACAGCAGGAAGAUGGAGGAAGAAGGGAAUGGAAUUGGAAUGGCUCUGCCUGCCAUUGGCUCUGCUCUGCCUCCACCUAAUUUUUGACACCCUGCCUCCCACCCUGCCAAUGGGCACCAGCUGCCACUAAGAUUUGGUUGGUUGGUUGGUUGCAAUUCUAUCCCAUCUUAUUUCUGCAAGAAGCUCAAGGUGGCAUACAUGGUGUGUCCUGUCCCCCGUCCCCCAACUCAUUUAAUCUCUACCUCUCUCCAUAUGAACCAACCCAGACUCUGCAAUCAUCCUCUGAGGCCCUUCUCUUCGCAAGAGGUCUGGAGGGUGGCAACACGAGAACAGGGCCUUUUCUGCAGUGGCUCCUCAGUUGUGGAAUUCUCUCCCCAGGGAGGUUCACCAGGCGCCUUCAUUAUACACCUUUAGGCACCAGGCAAAAAUGUUCCUCUUCAAACAGGCCUUUGGCUGAUUGACAUGUCAAGCCCUUGUGGGAUGGGAGGAGGUUAUUGGUUUGUUGUUGUCCUUAAUUUUAUUAUGUAUUUUGUGGUUUUAUAUCUUUUAUUUUUAUGUUGUGAACUGCCCAGAGAUCUAUAGAUGAAAGGUGGUAUACAAAUAGAAUAAAAUAAAAUAGCCCUGUGAGGUAGGUUAGGCGGAAAGGCAGUGACUGGCCCAAGGUCACCCAGGGAGCUUCAUGGCCAAGUAGCGGUUUGAACCCGUGUCUUCUAGGCCCUAGUCCAACACUCUAACCACCACACCACACUGGAGGCAGAUCUACACUCAUGGUUUUUAACGUUCGCAAUGCAUUAUUUUUAACGUUCAUAAUGCAUUAUUAAAAUGUGACACCAGAGGUCUCUGCGGAACAACCAGAAACCAGAAACCAGGUAGACAGUGUUUCAACUAUAGACUCAGUAUACUUCUACGGACUUUCAAAGAUUGACAGACGUGUGUUCAUUUGAUUUCAAAUAUAUUAGAGAAUUUACAAGUGUACACAGUUUGUUUUUGUUGUAUAUUAUGCAAUAAGAAUUGCAGUGCUAUCUAGCAUGCUGGUCUUCGUGUUGCUUGUGUCGUUUGUUGGCUCUCAGGAGAGGCAGCAAAGGAACAUAGGAUGCUGUCUUACACUGAGUCAAGCCGCUGGUCCAGGUACAGUAUUGCCAACCCUAACUGGCAGCAGCUCCCCGGGGCUUCUGGUAGGCGUCUCCCCCUGCCUAGAGACACCAUUAAGGAUUGAGCUUGGGCCCUUCCACAUGCAAAGCAGAUGCUCCACCCCUGAGCCAGCUACAGACCUUCCCCGUCCAACUGCUUCUGGUGACAUCAUCCAUGCAUUUGCGUUUGGUUGAAAUAGUUCUGCUUAUUUUAUUUUUUUACGGGUGCUCUCUAAACCUCUGUGUUGUGUCUCGCCCUUUUUUCAGGAAAGGAGCCCAAGCCAUGUCCUGGAAUCUGCAGACUUUGCAGACCUGCUGGCCACCUGGACCGAGUAUUAUCCCUACGAAGACACCACGCUAGCUGACAGCGCUCUCCCUGCGCCCUGUUACAGCACAUUUUGCUCCUCGGUCGGCGGCGUCAUCCCGACGUUCCUGGUGGUAGCCGGCACUUUGGGCAUCCUCGGCAGUCUCGCCCUGGCCAUUGCCUUGGUCAUGUCCUUCCAGCUCUGGGAGCAAACCGGGCUCAUUCUCACAACGCUGUCAACUGCCCUCUUUGCCACCAUCUUGCCGUUUUUCGCGGCCGGGAUCAGCUGGGGCUGGACCUUUGGGGACGGGCUCUGCCAGGCGGCACAGGCCAUGAAGUAUGGGUGCCAGUUUGCCCAAGGGCUCUUGGUGGCUGCCUGUGUGUGUCCAACGCCCAAGGCCGCCCUUCCUGGCUGCCUCUUGCCUCUCGUUCUCUGGGUCACAGGCUUCCUGCUUGCAAUCCCCGUAGCCGUGAUCCAUGGCACAGGGAAAGACGGGGAAGCAAUAUGUGCCCUGAGACAGGCACCUGAGCUGCUCUGGUGGUCUCUCACUCAUCUCAUCUUCUGGAUAGCUGUUUUCUACAUCCUCCCAGCGGGGGUCGCUCUGGCCAAGGUGGCGCUGAAGUGGGAGAGGGCUGGGUGGCACCCACCCGCGGUCAUCGCUUGGCUCUUCUACCUUCUCUGGGCGCCGUAUGGAGUGGCCCUGAUCCUGGACAGGCUGCUGCAGAUGAACUUGCUCACCCAUACUUGCAGCUUGCAAGAACAUCUCAGCUACUUCCUGGGGCUAUCCGAGGGGCUGGGGGUCCUGCACUGCAUUCUGUGCCCCUUCUUAGUUCUAGGGAUGGUCAUCCGUCACCGAAGGGCUGCCCAAUGAGGCAGGCAAUAAAUUCGGGGGGGGGGUGUGCCCAGCUACAAUCAACAGAGCUUUAAUCUACAGAUCAUUUUGUAUCUGCUUCUGCCUCUGCAACAAAGCCUGGAGGGUGGCGGACUUCCUUAGAAUUUCCUAGUAGCCAAGCUUGCUGAAUAAAUAAAGUUCUGCAGUCAGGCAAUCCCAAUUCUGCUUCCAGAAAUGAUGGAUUCUGAGAUGUGAAUUCUGCAAAAAUGGGCUAUUCCGCCUCUGGAAAUUGAAGCGAGGCCACAUUGUGCACAUGCCACAUACCACAAGUGUGGGAAUUUUAUUCAGACACCCUUUCAGGCAGUGACAGACCUACAUUUUGGGCACCCUGAAACUUUAAAUGUUAUGAGGACCACUUUGCAACCAGCAACAAGGUCUGGGUAACCACUGUUAUUGUUAAAAAAAAAAUUACUACUACACCUCAGAUUUUGAUUAAAAUUGCUGUACUGGGCUAUCUCACAUGUCCUAUGCCAUGUAGUUUUCAAGUUGUGCGACUCAAAUUGGGUCUAGCAGACCCAACCUUUUCAAGCCACGUGGACCCACCUUGGAUCAGGCUGUGUCCUGGCCGAUGUCUGGUUUUCAACAUUGUGAUAUAUCUGCAGCUAAAUACCAUGCUAUGCUGAUAUAUCACAAUAUCUGGAAUGUAUCUUGGCUGCUUCUUCCUCCCCACCUUAGGGGAGGGAGGAGCAACCGAGAUACAUCACCAAACUCAAGCUCCCAUAGGAAUCCCAGUUCAUUCAAAUUGCUCAACAGGAAGACUCCCGCCCCUCAGCUGAGUGAGCCCCCAUACCAUUCCAGCUUGUGCGAGCCAGAGGGGGAGGGGCUUCUUCAAAGACGCACACAAGGAAGGAGAUGGAGCCCCAGAAGGUCCUCACCCAGAACCUUUCUCUGACUCUGUCUGUUUGCCUGCCUGCCUGCGCCUUUGCCAUCCGCAGGCAAUUUGAGCUGGUGCAAUGUAUUGCCAGCUCAAACUGUCUGGAACCAGUAUCGCGAUCUGAGCACCGUACUGUUUUCAUUUAUUUUCAAUUAUUUAUUUAUUUGAUUUUUAAAAAAUAAAUAUGUAAACGUACAUUUAAAAAAAAAAAUCAAAACCCAAAUAUCAAGAUUGCUCUGAAUCUCCUGACUCCACCACCCCAUCCCUUCCAUGGGUCCAAAUAAUAAUAUUUACAAACUGCAUAUCAAUACUUGUCCAAAUUUUUGUCCUUCCAAACUUUCCGUUACUUUUGCAAGUGUGAUUAAAAUCCUGCUAAUACAAUGGUCUCGUAAAUAAAUCUUAAACUUUUCCCA